CCCAAGCCCGGCCGUCCUGUCGCUCUCACCCUUUUGCCCUCCACUGCCCUCUCGCCAUCGAACCCUGCCGUGCCCAGCCCAGUCCACCCGCUAAAACCUCGAGUGACUGGCACACUGGCAACCCGCACAUCGAUGUGCACAAUUCUCGUCCCUUCCCCUCCCAAUCCCGUGUCUUCAACCUCAUCAUCCUUUUUUCUCAUCUCCCCAUCACCUCACCUGUUUUUUGAUCAUUUCUUCUCAAACCUCUCACCUCCUCCUUCACCUCACCUCUCUCCUCUCAAAGCCGGUGUUUGUUUGUCGUUGUUUGUUGGUGCAGCCACCGUUGCUAUUCCUGGCCGACGAUUGAAGGAUUUUCACCCAGCCAAUUUCGGACCCGGGCCCACGCCUGCCUCUUGAGUGACGACUCCUUGCGGUCAGCUUGAUUGCCACAAUUUCCCACGCACCACCGUCGCCAGGCUACCGAUUUUGGGCCUUGCUUCGCCCAUACCAGUUCCGCCUUCUUGUCGCCCAGGCAGCCCUCGAAUAGUCUUGGUGGCCAAAUUGAGGUUUCUUCUGACGAAGCCACCUGCGCGUCACGAGCCGGUCAGAGCCUUCUCACUGCAGACGUUUCUCGCCUUGCUAGUGGCUGUGUCUCCCCGUCCACACUUCUGUCCUUCGCCCGGCGUUGCAGGGUCUCAAACCUCCAUCACCACACCUUUUUCGCUUGCUCUCAUCCGAACAACAAACGCGCACCCGUUUCUCUAUCUCAAGUCACCAGGAACGUUGGUUGUCUUGAGAGUGAGUGCGCUUUUGGGUGACACCACUUGGCUGCCAGAUUCAAUAAACGUCUUCCUUACACUGCCGCAUCCCUCAAAAAGCGACUACCCUUACUGUUUCGACGAGCUUUUCACUAAGUCUUGUCCGCCAAAAUUUAAUACUGCUCUUCCAACCUCCAGAGGAGAUAUCUGUACACGAUCUGUCGUUUGUCGGUCUAUCCGUCGAACCACACCAAUAACACCUACGCCCUUAACGAAGACCAGUACUUUCGGCAUCGCUUCGAACUCAGCGUUUGGCCGCGAACGAUUGUCAUCUCCAUGCUCGGCUUCUGAGGUUGCUUUACACAACACCUUCAAAAGCUUCGGCUUGAACGCCGAGUGCGUUGACGUAGUCAGCGCUUGCAGACAGGCUUCUGGGGCUGUCUGCUUCCCAUCAUCCCAUUGAGCAUGCCUUCUUACCACUCCUGGGGGCCAAAUGGCCAGCACUCCAGACUCCCUCCCACUCCUCCAGAGUAUCAGAACGACUACCUAACACCGAUGAGCGCUGUCUCGGAGCGAGCCUACUAUCAGUCACAAAAUUACCACCCUCGCCGCUCACUGUCUACUAGAGACUACAAUGACAGAUACCAGGCCCCACCCGCAUAUACUGCCCAGCAGCCUCUUGCAAGCCAGGUAGCAAGUCUCGGCCAUGCUUCAGUAUCCCAGGAAUAUCCAUAUCCUCAACCAUACCCGCAAGCGGGUGGACAAUAUGGAUAUCCUGCUGUCGGUGCGCCCAUCUUGCCUCCGAUCCGUGUCACCGAUGGGAUGGGCUUCUCUGCCCACUAUGCUCAGCAACCCACUGAGUCCAAACCAAAGGAGGAGAAACCAACCGGAGGCGUGGCGCAACAUUUGGACUAUGAUAUGGAUUUGAUGUCGAAUUUUGUGGCUGAGAUGUCCCAGAAACUUGUCACACCGGAUUCAUCUCCAUCCUCCCAGUUCCGGAAAUACGUCUCUCAAAUCCUCUCAUCUACUCGCUUACCGAGCUCGACAAUCAUGCUCGGUUUGUUCUAUUUGGCAUCGCGCAUGCGACAGUUGAACGAGCGAGGCCAAUCGACUUCGUCGUCCGGUACCGUGUAUCGUAUGCUCACUACGUGUCUCCUCCUCGGCAGCAAAUUUCUCGAUGACAACACCUUCCAAAAUCGAUCUUGGGCCGAGGUCAGCAGCAUCCCUGUCAAGGAGCUGAACAUGAUGGAAAUACAAUGGUUGACAGACUUCAACUGGGAAAUCCACGGCAUGAUGUACGACGAAGAGGAAGGCUUCUUCAUGUGGGUCGAGCACUGGCAUGCCUAUGAAGAGAAAGCUCAACUGGCCAAAGUGAAGGAGAUGCAGAAGUUGGCACCGAUUGAGACUAGCAUCCGUCGCAGUCAUUCUCUUCAUCAACAACCUCUCAUGUCCCCUGAAGGCCCAAUUCCCCCUCAAUAUCAACAAGGCUCGCAGUACGACACUCGCUGGGUUCAGCCAUACAUCUCGGAGUACUCGCCGCCAUCCGCGCCUCACAGUGGUCCUGCCACGCCAGACUACUACACCCCGACAUGGUCUUACACGCCCACGGGUCCGUCAUUUGGCCGCCAGUCUUAUCAUUCUAGCAAUACUUCGGCCUAUGCUGCUCAGCGUAACCAGCUUCCCACUCACGGGCACAAUUAUGGGUAUCCCCAAAACAUCACACCUAGUUGGAUGGCUCACGCUCCCAACUGCGGCUGCGCUCUGCAUGCCAAACAGUCGGACUACUACUUCAGUCAUGCUGGAUAUCCUAUGCAAACUGUCGUCGGUUAAAUCAUUUCAUACCGUCCAGCGUUCAGCGAGCUCGAGUUGGUCGAAAAAGUCAUCGAAUCGCACCGUUUCUUGGGUUCCCCUGUUUUACCAUCGGCAAUCUUGCCCUCAUGGGCUACCCAGACGACAUCGAAGAAAGCCACUUCGACACCAUCAGGUCACGUCCCGGCGCUUCUUGAUGAGUCGAAAUCUUCGCUAAUUGACCUUUCAUCUAACGACCUUUUACGAAAUUGUACCUUCCAGUCCUUCAUUCUUCGGCAUUUAAACAGCGAGCAACCUUUUUUUUCAAUGAUAGAGCAAGGGUCCGUUCUUUCUUACAUACAUUCACGACGAGGUGGGUGAUUUCAGGAGCUUCAUGGGGAAGGCAAAAGUCACAAAAAAGUUCAGCGCUCCAGAAUGGGUGGUCGGCGUUAUGGGUAGUGUUGGUACAUGGGGAUCUUUUCGAACACAGGGCACGCUUCAAAUACUUGCUUUACGGUGUCCUCUCGGACAGUGAGGCAAGAUGUGCAUUCAUACUGAGGGGCCAACUCGGUGGUGGUUGUGCCUAAGGUUUGCCGGUUCCGUCAAACUUGUAAUUAGCUAUGUGAAACGAGGCGGUCGGUGCAAUGAAGGGAGGUUUCAAAGGUGCAACAAGAAUCGACUCAUGCUCCCAAGGGUUUUUAAUGGAUGUCGAGGUCUGCAUGAUGACAAGAACAAGGCGCACACCUAGAACGGCGGUGUUAGCAAGCACCGGGGACAUGUUGGCCAUUGUUAUUAACGGACCCUCUGUUGGGUCUUGAUGCAUUCAGAUGGGCAUAUACCUCUCGAUAGAUUGAUUAUUGCUAUGACUUUUUGCUGCACGAACCCGGAGAUAAGAAGACUAUCAAAGGACGACUUUCCUAAGAA